GUUGGAGCCCCUGCAACGCAGUAAUCGUGCUUGUCAGGUCUCGUCAGGUGUAGCCUGGAGCUUGGUAUCGGUAGCUUGGUGUAGCCUGGUGUAGCCGGGUAUCGGAAAAUCCCGUUUACUUACUGCUGCCUCGUGCCCCGAGAGACGGCCAUCGGGAAUGAAGCGUCCCGAGCCAGCCGACGGUUCCGUGGCCACGAGCAGCAGCCCAGUGACCCAGAGCCCAGAGCUAUCGAGCGAAGAGAGUACACUGAAAGGAGCCAGAGGGACCACAAAGCCAACGGCCUCCGAGCAUGCCACUUCGGCAUCCACGCGCAGUUCCGGCAGGGGUUCGCCACAUCCCUCCAAGGGUACUCAUGUGCAAGAAUACCACGGACAAGGAAUGCCCAGCGCUAUCAAGCACCGAUCGAGCAAGCGUAAGCGUCAACAGGCGCAAGCACGGGAACGCGACCACGCCAAGUCUUGGGGCCACUCUCAAGCAUCCACGGAGCUAAUGGAACGCGAUUCCGAAAACCAUGUCCAGGGGAGUGUGCCGGCGUGUUAUACAACACCACCUCCGGAAAGAACUACCAACAACGUUGACGUGUGGCACAUGGCCUCGACCAACCGCGCCAAUUCGCCAGUGGACACAUUGCUGGUGCCACGCGACGUGGCCUUGACCAUGCAGCCACAUAAAGCGCGACAGUCCGUGGCAUCAAUGUCCGAUGUCACCACCGAAGUCAACGCGGGAGAGGAUCCGGACUCGCUGGGCAUGAUGGAUCGCCGCAAACCAAACAUCCUUAUAUUUGACUCGGCGGUGAGCCACGACAACAUUGCGACGAGCACGCCAUUUCAAUGGCGACUGGGUGACAUCAGGGACAUCGCCACAAAUCCAUUUGUACCGGGCUACGGGGGCCAUACGGAAUCAAACAGGAUGCGGAAUACUGCCAGCAUUCCGGAGAGCUUGUUCGACAUCGCAUCUCAGAGACACACAGAGCUAAAUACCAACCUUAUCAUCUGCGUCAUUGUCGUCGUCCUGCUGGUGACCCUUGUUGCAGUAAUGCUGUUCGCGUGGAAUAAGUUGCACUUCGAUGGUCCUUCAACUGCGACAGAUUUCAUUAACGACAGCGCCUGCUUCAACACAGCCUGCAAAAUGGUCGUCGCACUGCUCGGCAAGUCUCAAGAUUCUAAUGUUCCGCCCUGCAUGGACUUCCACCGACAUGUCUGUGGCCGGUGGCAUGCCAGAAGCUCACAAAGGGCGAGCUAUGCCACUGAGAACCGUAACGACUUCCAGAGACGCGUGCGGUACAACUUGCAACGUCUGGCCAAUGCUACCGAAUUCGCCGACUCUGCUGCCUAUCGCAUGGCACUUUUCUAUUCAAGCUGUCGACGAUUUGCGCAGGGACAUCGACAAAUUCGCGUCGAAGACGUUCUCAGUAUCUCGAGGAUCAACGUUAACGAAUGGCUGGCGGCUACUUCGUUCCAUGAGCUCUUCGCCACCAUCGUAGCCGAGUGUCUGCGCACUGGUCUCGUGUCCGUCAUCAGUGUCAAGUGGAGCGUCGGGCGGCGAGUUUACAUAGACACGGGUGUGACGUUCGCGAGUGUCCUGAGAGGUCACAGCCACGAAGUGCCGCAUUUCGUAAAAGAUGCGCUUGCCGCCCUCGGCGCGAACCGCAACGUCACCUUGGCCCCCGAAAUCCUGACUCUCGACUCUCUUGUACAAUGGUCCAACGCUACUUCGUCCUCCGAGUUCCACACCGUCGCCGUCCACGAGCUGCCUACCCAGAACUUGGUCCUGGUCUGGGUCCUAGGUCUGAAUCGUGGAUUGCAGAACCGCAUGGUGGUCAAUAGUGACACGCUUCUCUUCGCCCGGGAACUUCACAAAAUUAGGAGUACUAUCUGGACUUUAAGCUCAGUUGAUAUGAACUUGGCGACCUUCUACAGUCUGCUGUUGCCCCUAGCGCAGAUAAUAAGCUAUGCUAUCACUUUUGAUGUGCAAGACUACGGGGGUGAACACGACGACACCGACUUGUGCCUUCGAGAGACCGCGGAGCGCUUCUUUGUGCAGUUCCCUGCAUGGGUCGCGCGGACAAUGGAGACCCCCGAGGUGCAUGGCUACUUCAGCGUCAUGGUGGCCACGCUCGGAAACGUAGCGACCGAGUAUCCGGAUAUGCUGGAGGGCCUCGCGCUUAACGCCACGGACAUCAUAGAACUGCAGAUGAAUACUAUGCAUAUUACCACCAGAGGAAUUCCGCAGGUCGUGCCUCAAAUGGACCCCGACAACUUCUUGGACAACGUCGUUACGCUUAUGGGCCAGACGGUCACUGAAAGCGACAAACUGUGGAACCAGCUCUCGUCGCACCAGUUGAGCGGGAACCUUAAUUACGACGGCAAGGUGCUGUUGGUGCCCACAUUGCAGCUCAUCGGAGACUUGCUGCACGCCGAAGCUUCCGAUCCCGUGCUCGAUUACUCCACAGUCGGCACCAGGGUCCUAGCCGAGUGGGCAAGCAUCCUAGUGGAGCGGAGUCCAUCACUGAGUUCCGAAAUGGCAGCGCAGCAGGAAUGUGCGAAGGGCCGGUUGAAAGCCACCGGGGCAGUGCCAAGCGGAGGAGAUCUGUCCGAGAACAGCGUACGCUGGAUGCUGAUCAUUCCUUGGGCGCUCGACGUGGCACUUAUCGCCGCCCGCCGACGCCUUCCAGCACACACGAACAAGGCGGCGGACACUCGGUCCAGGGAGCAGCUCUUCUUCCGCCGCUUCUGCCAGACGACGUGCGGAGACGCCAGAGCGGCUUCGCUGUGCUCCUACGGCACCCGACAGUCGGUGCUCUUCGCCAAGGCAUUUGGAUGCCAAGAACCUUCGCCGCUCGCCUGCUAGCAGGCCCGGCACUGCUCUGGCAUCAUUCGGGCGUAGACUUUCAUUACAGGCAACAGUGACGGUCGCUGGGGAAAGACACUUACAAUUACUGCGGUUAUGAUUUUAGUGCUACUUGCGUUGAUGGCGGUUUGCUCGACUCUCUCAGUGCAGUAAUAGUGUUUAUUACUCUUUAGCUUUGCACGGCCUGUUUAACCGUGAUCGCAUUACCUUGCUUCAUAGAGAAAGGUUGGUCCCUUUGCCAAUGAUGUAGCAAUUUUACGCACACAUGUGCUCUUUUCUUUUGAUCGGCGCUGGGGAUGUUUUCUAAUCUACACGUGUAAACUAUAGCAAUUUUUAAAUGAAAGUGGCGUAUUCCUUC